AUGGUGUUCUAUCAAAAAUUACUUUCACUCUUUGGAGUCACAAACCUUUCUAUCCCUCCAAGCUGGAAUACUCAUGGGUCUACCAACAUCACCCAGGACCUACUAGCCAAGCUUUCGCCAAAUGCUUCAGUUACCACUGACUUGAGUUUUGCACCCCGCUGGAGUGACUAUCACUCUCCCAGAGGCAGUAAAUACGUGGUUCUUGUUGCGGAGGAGCAAGACGUUGUCGAGACUGUCAAAUUUGCCAACGAAAACGACCUAAACUUUUUCGCUCAGGCAGGUGGACACGGAUGGACGAGCUUUGACUGGGGAAAAAACGACAUCAUCAUCAACCUUCGAGGACUGAACCAGGCAGUUGUGAACGAAGCAAAAGACGAGAUUUUACUCGGAGGCGGUACACUGCAAGGCGAGGCUCUCGCAGAAGCAGCAGCAAACGAUGUCUUCGUUGUGGCUGGAGGUUUCAACUGUGUCAGUGCGCUUGGAGUUGCUCUCGGUGGUGGCCUUGGACGUUGGAUCAAUCGCUAUGGAAUUCAUGCAGACAACAUCAUCAAGGUGAACCUGGUCACCGCGGAAGGCGAACUGAUUGAGGUGUCCGAAAAUUCUCACCCGGACCUAUUGUGGGCCAUACGGGGUGCCGGUCCCAACUUCGGCAUUGUCACGUCCGCCACCAUGCAGGCCCAUCCCAUAUUGAACAAAGGCCAGCUUUGGGAAGGUGAACUCACCUUCGCAGCCGACAAGCUGGAGAAAUACAUCGAAGCAAUCAACACCAUGAACUAUACCGAGGAUAUGACUAACCAUUGGCGCUUCGCAUUAAAUGAGCACGGCACGCCAGUCAUUGUUGCCAAUGUCUUUUUCAUGAGUGGAGACGUCGAGGCAGCUCGAGCGGGCUUCAAAAUCUUGUAUGACCUUGAGCCAAUUGCAGACACAACGGAAGUAAAGCAAUACGCACAUAUAAACGACGGCAGAGACGCUCUUUGCGCACACGGUGGUCGCAAGCCAGCCUGGAGUGUCGGUCUCAAAAGUCUAGACUAUCCUUCGUUCAAGACGAUCCUCGACGAAUUCGUCAAGUUCGUGGCGGACACCGGCAUCAUGACUACAAUCAUGCAGAUCGAGUGCUACCAUAACGACGCAAUGCGGCGCAUCGGCUCAGAAGGUGCUUCAUAUCCCUUCCGCGACAUCAACUUCUACGCUUUGAUAAUCCCCGUAUACGAUGAUGCUUCACUGGAUCCAGUUGUCGAGACUUUUGGCUCUAGGGUUAAUGACCUAUGGAAAAGAUCUAGUGGCUAUGAGAAGCAAAGAACCUACAUCAACUUCGCCCAUGGCGACGAACCCCUGGAACAAGUCUACGGAGACAGUCUGUGUAGACUGUCGCAACUCAAGGGGAAAUGGGACCCUCUGGGUAGAUUCAACCAAUGGUUCCCCAUUCCUGUGCCAGUGAACGAGCUGUAAACUUGCAAUGAGUCAAUGACAUGCAUUCCUUCUGAAGAUGUAGGUUCGGCAGGAAUCAUCAAUCUUACGAAAUUUGAUAGCAGAAGCAGAGUAAUACGCAUGAGGGAACUUGUAAUUCAUUCAUUAGGGGCAUUUUUACAUAGCUCCCAAGAAAGUUUGAACCGAAAUGGAAGAUUCAGACACG